GUGCUCCGGAAUGCCCGGGAAGCCUCCCGAGGAGGGGAAGGUUGUGCUCCCCACCUUUCAGAUAACUGCCUUCAGUACCAGCCUGAAAAACCAUGUAAUGGUCAUGGAUUUGGUGAAGAGGGACUGGCUUCCUUCCCAGAGAAGAGCCAAAGUUUGUUUCAUCCAAAUGUGCCCCGGGCUGAAGGUGGCUGAGCAGCAAGUCAGCAGAUAUGAGAUGAACAGUCGACUUUUCUCAUCCCCCAACGAUGACUCUGCCUGGGAAAGAAAUGAAACUCUUUCAAAAGCAGGAUUACUGGACACGCGCUAUAGUACAAAUGAUCAAAUCGCCCUUAAAAGUCUCCAGUCUGAUGUUACAGAGAGGAAGUUGGACUUCGCCAAGGAGACAUUGGCAUCACAAAACACAAAAAUGAUAUCACCUAUCAUCAUUUCCCAGCUGAUUGAUGAGAAGAAAUCGAUGGAAAAUGGAGCCGUGUUGCCUCUGCCACAAGCAAUCGUUCAGCCUCAGCUGUGUCCCAUGAAGCCAGCUUCGGCCAGGCGCAGUGGCGUGAACAUGCACAGGCCAUUUGCUCCAGACAGAUUGGGAAUUCUGACUCCAUCAGACGAGCAAGGACUGGAGAUAGAACCGCUGUCCACAGGAGACAACCUAGGCAGAGGCCCCCACAGAGGGUUCUCAUCUAUCACCAUUACUGCCAGACGUGUGGGCCCUCCAGCCAACUCCUUGGUGUGGGACACUGUUAGGGACCCACUGUGUCCCAAUUGCAGGGCCAAGGAUACUUUGCUCCAAGACGCCCCAGCUCUGGCCAGUGGUGUCCAUCUAUGUCAGCACAAUGGAUCCUUCACCUGUACAGAGUUCCCUAGCAAUGGCUCCAUAGAAGGGCUAAAGGUUCCCCAGGCUCACACAAGGCUGUGUGCAAGGCAGGAGUACUGGGUCACCCACAUGGAUGACAAAGAGGACAGUUUUUCUUCAGACAGUUCACCAUCAAGAAAAGUCCCACUGAUGUUCAGUUCCUGUGUCCACCUCCGGGUGUCUCAGCACUGUCCCAGUGCCAUUUACUAUUUGGACAAGCCUCUUUCCGUCCCUCUUGAACAACCUCAAAUUGCUAGCCCCAAAAUGCACAGGUCUGUCCUGUCUCUGAGCCUCCGCUGUAGUUCCCACGGGUUAACAGCAGAUGGAGUAGACAGCACAGCUAAUGGAGAGCCAAUCAGCAGAGCCCUGCCCCAGGAGCUCUUGAAGGGAAAGCAGGAUCUCCUAGGUCCACAAUGGGGCCAGCCCCACGAGGGUCACUGGAAAGAGAGUCCAGCCUUGGUGCCAGCACAUUUGGGGAGUGGCACAUACCCUAGGACUGGCUCCCCUCCCCUGGAAAAUGUCAAAUUUGCAGAUGUGGGAAGGAACCAGGUUCCAAGAAGAAAGGAGAAAGGGGACUGUGCAGCAUGUCCCACCAGCAACCAUGCCAACCAACUCUCCAUCCAUAUUCCUGGCUGGAGUUACAGGGCAGAAACCAAAGUAUUUUCUGGAAACAGCAAGGAGCAGCAAGGAGAAGCACAAGUGACCCUUCCUGCUUCCCCAGUGGGACAGAAGCCCAUUAAACACUUCCCUCCUGACGGGGACAGUUCACCCAGCAGUGAUGGUCAGUCUAGCAUCUUUUCUGAGCCCCAAGAGAGAUGGCACCCGUACUUCCUGACACCCAGAGUCCCUUUGUCUGGGUUUCUUUGCCCUGUACAAGCUGCAUGUGCCUCUCUGCAGGAGGAUGGUACAGUUCAGAUAGAAAAAGAGUUCCCCAAAGAUUACACAUGCUGCGACUUGGUUGUAAAACUAAAGGAAUACAAGAAGCAUGAGGACCACGUUGCCACCCCUGAGCCCUCACCAGCAACGCCCUCUCCAACAAUGGCAGAGGAACCACAGAGCUCUGACCCAUUGGAAGAUGGUUCUGAGCCUCGGCAUCUGCUGCUGGCGAGCUCCAUGACCUUGCAGGAAGCACUGGAAGUCCGUAGACCUCAGUUCAUCUCGCGCUCACAAGAACGGCUGCAAAAGCUUAAGCACAUGGUACAGCAAAGGAAAGCCCAGCAAAAGGAAAACCCGGGGCAGAAGCAGAGCCUACUUCCUGUUCGUGUCCACAAGAAGCAGUUCACCGUUCCCCAUCCUCUUAGUGAUAACUUGUUCAAACCCAAAGAAAGAUGCAUUUCAGAGAAGGAGAUGCAUAUGAGAUCUAAAAGAAUCUAUAAUAACUUGCCGGAAGUUAAAAAGAAAAAAGAAGAGCAAAAGAAAAGAGUGAUCUUACAGAGUAACAGACUCCGAGCAGAAGUCUUCAAAAAGCAAUUACUGGACCAGCUCCUUCAGAGGAAUGCAGUCUGAUCCCAGGUGGCCCUGCUAGCCACCACCUGGAUCUGGGAAGACUUCCGACGCUGGAUGAACCAUUAAACUUAACACUAUCUUCGCACGUGAAAGAUACAUUUACUUUACUUUUGAAUUUUUUUUUUUUUUUUUUUUUUACUUUCUAAAUGACCCAAACAAACAAAAGCAACAGUUCUGGAGUCAAUAGGUCAGCAGGUCAGCAGUCUGUUGCUGGGACUUCUAUCCCUUGGAACCUACUAGACUUAGUCUUUUUUUUUUUUUUUUUUUGGCUUGUGAAUUUUACUCAUUGCUUCUGAAGUAUAUCAUUUCCAACCAAGAAGGAAAUUUUUAUAUAUUCAAGUGUGCUUAGAUGUUGGGUUAUUUUUUUUUUCAGGAGGGGAGCAUGUUUGGGUUUUUUGGGGUUUUUUUGUUUUUUCAAAUUUUUGAGGAGCAAAACUAUCAUAUUUUAAUUCCCAAUCCCAAUGGCUGCCAGUUCUGAAAUCCAAAGUCUGUGUCAAAGUCUGCUUAGCAUACACAUCGUGGAGUAGCAGAGGCUGACUUUGAAAUGGACAGACGAAGAGGCAGCCAAGUACAGACAAACUGGAGAGCCCUCUGCCUCUCUCCCACCCCACCCCACAGUGCCCACCUUCGUCAGUCACCAAAGAGCUUGUUUCAGUGGAAGCUUGAGAAUGGCUGGGUGAGGAUGUCAGUGUUUUCAGUGCACACACACACACACACACACACACACACACACACACACACACACCAGAAGUUAUCUUAAUCAAAUGACCUAGUGAUACCCACUCUUAUUUUUUCUUUCAAGUAUUCUUCAUAAAUAUGUAUUUGUGGAGUUAAGAACAAAUUAGUUUUUGCAACAAAAAUGGAAAUAAAUACAUUUAUUUGCAAUUCAA